CAUCACUGUCUCUGUGAUUUGGGUAAUUUCGGCGACGCUUAAAUCGAACCUCGCUCUUAUCUACCCCGACUCGUCGUCUGAGCACCAUUUCAACGUCCUGCCGCUCUCCCAAAUAGCACCAGCGGGCGGGCCACCACAAAUACAAACCAUGGACAAAUACCUCGACGCGCGCUUCGAGCGGGUCGAGCGGGCGCUGGCGAGCCUGAUCGACUCCAUCACCAAGUACAACCCAUCGGAGAAGCUAGGCGAGGAGCUCAUAGCCGCCGACCGGGAGCUGGCAGCGGGCUUACAGGCACUCGAGACGCACCACAACAACUACGCGCGGAUCCAGCAGCUGCGGGCCGAGACGGCGGCGCUGGACGCGCAGACCAAGGACAUCAUCGGGGCGCUGUGGGCGAUGCGCAAGGAGGUCAAGAACACGCACACGACCGUGUACGCGGCCAGCGGGCCCAAGUACCAGUUCACGACGGCCGAGCUGCUCGACUACGCGCGCCGCAUCAGCAGCACGACGCUGCCGCCGCAGGCCGCCAUCAUCGGCGCCGCUGACGGAGCAGCCGCAACAGCAGGAGCAGCAGGGACAUCGCCCGACGCCGACGACGCGGCGCGCUCGUCCCAGGGUGGCCAGACACCGACGGCAAGCUUCGGCGCGACGCCCGUCACGGCAGGCACGCCGAUGGGGGGCGGCGGGCAGGCGCCACCGACACCCGCGGCCAACGGCGAGACGCAGACGCAGACGCAGUCGCAGACGACGGUAACGUCAACAUUCACGGAGCUGCCGAUGCACAUCAAGCCAGCAGUAAACCUGGGGGAGGGGGCCGUGUUCUAUCCGUGGCCGGUGGAGGAGAAGAUCCGCAUGGGGGCACUGUCGACGGUGGACUACCUGUCGACGCACGGGAUCGACCCGCGGGGAUACGACCCUGAGGAGGAGGAGCAGCGCAAGAAGGAGGAGGAGCAGGCGCGCAAGGAGGCCGAGGAGCGCGCGCGGCAGGAGCGCGAGGAGGCCGAGCGGCGCAUGCACGAGGAGCGCGAGCGCAUGGCCCGCGAGCGAGAGCGCUCCCGCGCCGAGGCCGAGCGCCGCAGCAGUGUAGCCACGGGCUUUGUACAGGCGCCUGCCAAGGCGCAGUUUACAUUUCUCGACGGGCUGGACGACGACGACGACGACGAUUGAGCGGUCUCGAGCUCGCGGCCCUUUGGUGGGCUGGCCUUGGUCCCCUUUACAUGUGGGCGGACUGACAUUGUGCUGAGGUCAGGGCUUCAGGCCGGGCAGCAGUCUGUGAUAGACCAGCUACAGAAUUCCACAUGAAAACCAGCAUAUCCUGACGUCAUCAUGUCGUGAUAAGCCAAAGUCCAAACGUAGCCUACGGCUUUAUAUCACCAAUCCUGGG